AUGCCGGCUGACCCUGGGCCCGAGGCGGGCAGUGGCUGGCCGGGCUUCCUCAUGUCCUGCCUGAAGGGGCCCCACGUCAUCCUCAAGAUGGAGGCCAUGAAGAUGGUCCACCCUGAGAAGUUCCCCGAGCUGCAGGCGGCCGCCCCCUGCUUCCCACCCGCACCCCGGCCCACCCCCGCUCUGGCACCCAAGAGAGCCUGGCCCUCAGACACAGAGAUCAUCGUCAACCAGGCCUGUGGGGGGGACAUGCCCGCCCUGGAAGGGGCGCCCCGCACCCCGCCGCUGCCACGUCGGCCUCGCAAGGGCAGCGCGGAGCUGGGCUUCCCCCGAGUGGCGCCGGCGGACGAGGUCAUCGUGAAUCAGUACGUGAUUCGGCCCGGGCCUGCGGCCUCAGGGGCCUCCACGGCAGCGGCAGCGGCUGCAGGAGAGCCUCUGGAGUGCCCCACCUGCGGGCACACGUACAACGUCACGCAGCGGCGGCCCCGCGUGCUGUCCUGCCUGCACUCUGUGUGUGAGCAGUGCUUGCAGAUUCUCUACGAGUCUUGCCCCAAGUACAAGUUCAUCUCCUGUCCCACCUGCCGUCGCGAGACUGUGCUCUUCACUGACUACGGCCUGGCUGCGCUGGCCGUCAACACGUCCAUCUUGAGCCGCCUGCCACCCGAGGCACUGACCGCUCCGUCCGGUGGCCAGUGGGGGGGCGAGCCUGAGGGCAGCUGCUACCAGACCUUCCGGCAGUACUGCGGGGCCGCGUGCACCUGCCACGUGCGGAACCCGCUGUCUGCCUGCUCCAUCAUGUAGCGCCCACCCGCCCGCCACCGCCCACCGGUCCUCGCCCGCUGCUUCUUCAGGGAUCUGGCCCUGCCCUGUUGCCCACUGACCCCUUGCCCACCACAGCUUCUGGCCCCCACCCGCGUGGCACUGUCGCUGCAGCCAACUUUGCCAUUAAA